GUUUGAAAAUUGGGAGAAGAUGUUGGAAUAAAAAAACUUUAAAAAAAAAAACUCAAAUUCUCUCUCUCUCUCUUUAUAUUAUCUCUCUGAACGUGUAAAGUCCUCCAAGUGGUAUGUAUAUAAUGGAAUAGCAAAGAACAACAACAGCAGCCCUAUUUGGACCAACAAAUAAAGAGAGUUAAGAGUUUCAAGUUUGAACUCAAAAUUUAGCAAAAAUACCCUUUUUAUAUCUCUACCUCAACCUUCCAUUUUUAUCUUCAAAGGUUUGGUUCCUUUUUUUUUUUUUUUUUGUUAAUUGUCUUGUUUUACUUUCAUUUAUCACUUUUGUGUGGAUUACCCUUUUCUUGUAGUAUUUUUUUUAGUCUAUUGUGAAGUACCCCUUUUCUUGUUUUGUGUUCAUUUGUAGUUUUAUUGUGUUUAGUUUUGAUCUUGAAGUUCGAUUGUCCUUUCAUUUAUCACUUUUGUUAAGUACCCUUUUCUUGUUUUAGUCCAUUUGUUGCUUUUAUUGUGUUGUUUUUUCUUAAUCUAUUUUUAAGUACCCUUUUCUUGUUUUGUGUUCAUUUGUAGGUUCAUGGUGUUUAGUUUUGAUCUUGGAGUUUGAUUUUGAGAUAAAUGAACAAUCUUAGAUGCAAAUAUUGUGUAGUUUCAUCAAUUUGUAAGAAGUAGUUUUCUUGUUUUCCUAUCAUUUUAUCACUUUUGUUGGGUACCCUUUCCUUGUUUUGUGUCCAUUUGUAGUUUCAUGGUGUUGAACUUUGAUUUUGAGAGAAAAAGAACAAUCUUGAUGAUAAAAAUUGUGUAGUUUCAUCAAUUGGUAGUUCAAAGAUUUGAUUUUUGUCAAGUACCCUUUUCUUGUUUGGUGUUCAUUUGUAGUUUUAUGGUGUUUUCUUUGAUAUUGAAGCUUGAUUAUUAGAGAAAUGAACAAUCUUGAUACAAAAAUUUAGUUUCUCUAUACCAAUUUUCGAUUUUUUCGCUUCCUUUUGGGUCAAAGAUUUGAUCUUUUUCUUUUCCAAUGGUAGUUUCAUUGAUCUUGAAAGGUUGAUUUUGAGACAAAUGAACAAUCUUGAUGCAAAAGUUUAGUUUUUCGAGUUUUAGGAAGAUGGGUGUUUUGCAACUUUGUGUGAUCUUUUUGUUUCUUGGGGUUUGCGUACGAGCACAAUCGCAAAAUCCUCGAAACUCGACGUGUAAUCCGAAAGAUUUAAAAGCUUUAGAGGAUUUUGUGAAGAGUUUGGAGGCAGGUGUUGAUGUGUGGGAUAUCGGGAAUUCGACAAAUUGUUGUAAUUUAGUUGGCGUCACUUGUGAUUCCGGGAGGGUGGUGACGUUGCAGCUUGGGAAACGGAGGUUAAAUGGGAAACUUUCUGAAUCUUUAGGCGAUUUGGAUGAGCUAAGAACUCUUAAUCUGUCACACAAUUUCCUUAAAGGACCUGUUCCGUUUACACUGUUGCAUUUGCCUAAGUUGGAAGUAUUAGACUUGAGCAACAAUGAUUUGUCUGGCGUGUUUGUUGAUAGCGUAAACUUGCCUUUACUCCAAAUCUUUAACAUAUCUGAUAAUUCCUUUGAGGGACCGGUUCCGUUGAGUAUUUGUGAAAAUUCUACUAGAGUUUCCGUUAUUAAGAUGGGGGUGAAUUAUUUUAAUGGUAGUCUUCCUUCAAGUAUUGGGAGUUGUCGUUCGUUGGAGCUUUUUUGCAUUGGCUCGAAUCUUGUUUCGGGUAGUUUGCCCGAUGAACUGUUUGAGUUACCAAGAUUGGCUGUGUUGUCUCUACAAGAGAAUCGAUUCUCGGGACAGCUUGGUAGCAAGAUUGGUAAUCUUUCUAACUUGGUUCAUUUGGAUAUUUGUUCAAAUGGAUUUUCGGGAGAUAUACCGGAUGUGUUUCAUAAGUUCGGGAAUUUAACGUAUUUGUCAGCUCAUUCAAAUAGGUUCUUUGGUAAUAUACCGACUUCGUUGGCAAAUUCCGGGACUGUUACUUCUCUUAGUUUGAGAAAUAAUUCUUUAGUGGGUAUCAUUGAGCUUAAUUGUUCGGCAAUGGUUAGUCUUGCUUCUCUUGAUCUGGCUACAAACCGGUUCUGUGGAUCAGUUCCUGAGAAUCUUCCUGAUUGUCCGAGGUUGCAAACUAUCAAUCUGGCUAGAAACCGUUUCACCGGACAAAUUCCGGAAAGUUUCAAGAAUUUUCAUAGCCUUUCGUUGCUGUCAGUCUCGAACAACAGUAUGCAUAACAUUGAUGCUGCUCUCAGAAUUUUACAGCACUGCAAGAACUUGUCGACGUUGGUCCUUACUCUGAAUUUUUGGGAUGAAGAGUUGCCUACCGAUCCUAGCCUGCAGUUUAGCGAGCUGAAAGCUCUCAUUAUCGCCAAUUGCAGGCUCACCGGACGUGUUCCUCAGUGGUUGAAAAGUAGCUCAAAACUGCAACUUUUGGACUUGUCGUGGAACCGUUUGACAGGAACGCUUCCACCCUGGAUCGGAGAUUUCCAGUUUCUAUUCUAUCUGGAUUUUUCCAACAAUUCAUUUACGGGGGAGAUUCCGAAAGAAAUUACUGGAUUGAGGAGCCUAAUCUCUGGCCCUGUCUCGAUGAACGAGCCAUCGCCAGAUUUUCCGUUUUUCUUGAAAAGAAAUGUAAGCAUCCGAGGGUUGCAGUAUAAUCAGAUUUUUAGCUUCCCUCCGACACUGGAACUCGGUAACAACUUUCUCACUGGAGCGAUUUUGCCGGAAUUCGGAAAUCUGAAAAAGUUACAUGUUUUGGAUCUGAAAAGCAACAACUUAUCAGGGACGAUACCGGGUAGCCUUUCCGGUAUGACGAGCGUGGAGAAUAUGGAUCUAUCCCACAACAAUCUGAUCGGCAACAUACCGUCCUCUUUAGUCCAAUGCAGCUUUCUGUCGAAGUUCAGUGUCGCUUAUAAUAAGCUGUCGGGGGAAAUUCCUUCUGGAGGCCAGUUCCAGACAUUUCCAAAUUCAAGCUUCGAGGGCAACCCGGGACUCUGCGGUGAACAUGGUAGUACUCCCUGUCAAAAUGCCAGCCAAGUUCCUCGUGAUUCGGUUGGCAAAGGGAAGAGACGGAAAGGAACUGUCAUCGGUAUGGGUAUUGGCAUUGGUCUUGGAACGGCUUUUCUUCUUGCUCUUAUGUACUUGAUUGUUAUACGAGCAAGCAGUCGAAAAGUAGUCGAUCAAGAAAAGGAGUUGGAUGCUGCUAACAAAGAACUCGAAGACUUAGGCUCGAGUCUGGUGAUAUUUUUCCAUAACAAGGAGAGCAAUAAAGAGAUGUGUCUCGAUGACCUUUUGAAAUGCACCAACAACUUCGAUCAAUCAAAUAUUGUCGGAUGUGGGGGCUUUGGUUUGGUCUACAAAGCCAUCCUACGUGAUGGUAGGAAAGUUGCAAUCAAGCGGCUUUCAGGUGACUACGGGCAGAUGGAACGAGAGUUUCAAGCUGAAGUCGAAUCGCUUUCAAGAGCUCAGCAUCCAAAUCUUGUUCAUCUUCUCGGAUAUUGCAAGUACCGAACUGACCGGCUCCUAAUUUAUUCCUACAUGGAGAAUGGAAGCUUGGAUUAUUGGCUGCACGAGAAAGUUGACGGACCUGCUGUCCUCGACUGGGAUCUUAGACUUCAGAUUGCUCAAGGGGCAGCGAGAGGACUCACCUACUUGCACCAAGCGUGUGAGCCUCAUAUCCUGCACCGCGAUAUAAAGUCAAGUAACAUUCUCCUCGACGAAAAUUUUGAUGCUCACUUAGCUGAUUUCGGUCUAGCAAGGCUUAUUCUACCUUACGACACUCAUGUGACUACUGAUGUUGUCGGAACUUUAGGCUAUAUACCUCCUGAAUACGGUCAAGCUUCCGUAGCUACCUAUAAAGGAGACGUAUACAGCUUUGGUGUCGUACUUUUGGAGCUCCUUACAUGCAAAAGACCGAUGGAUCCAUGCAAACCUAGAGCUAACCGAAAUUUAAUCUCUUGGGUGAUCCAAAUGAAGCAACAAAAGCGGGAAACUGAAGUCUUCGAUCCACUGAUAUACGACAAGCAGCACGCGCAAGAGAUGCUACUGGUCCUUGAAAUCGCUUGCCUUUGUUUGCAUGAAUCUCCCAAAAUAAGGCCUUCUUCGCAGCAGUUAGUUUCUUGGCUCGACAACAUAAACACACCACCUGAUGUUCAUGUGUUUUAGAGGAAAGUUUCUCUCGCCCUGUAUGACGAUAUACCUUGUAACUCAUUUUUCAAGGAGACGAUAACUUAUAUUUUCAUCGGAUUACCCGGUUAUUUUGGUGUUGAUAUUUGUAUCUUUUACCUAUUUGUAUCUUCCUGGAAUUGAAGAAUAUAUAUAUAUAGAUACUAUUCUCUCUCUUGAGCCGGGGGUCUAUCGGAAACAGCCUCUACUUCUUCAGAGGUAGCGGUAUGUACUUACAUUUCACCCUCCCCAGACCUCACUGUGUGGGAAUAUAUUGGGUUGUUGUUGUUGUUGUGUAGAUAUGUUUCUUCUCAAACAUGUACAAAUAUCAUUUUGAGUUUUGGAUGUAACUUACUUUUACUUAAUAAUAGAUGGAUAACAUCAGUUUAUUCCCUCUUGCUCUUUUCAA